CCUCCUUUUCAAGCAUCAUUUCCACAUUUGCCAACUGCUGGCGCAAUUAAAGGACCGAAUCCAAAAGUGUGAAACCAAUCUCAUUAUCGCUCAAACGUCUUUGAUUAUUGGUAAAUUAGGCCUCAAGAACACCUCUACAUGGUAGCACCCCCUCCAUUACCCGACAAUCUCCACCGUUUUCUUUCUUCUUCUCCUGUCUCAUCACGUUCAUUCUUCUUUCAACUUCAUGCAACAAAAUCAGAUACAAGAUCUUGUUUCGAAUGGGAAAUUUCCUGUUUAUGGGUUCAUUGGGUUGGUAAUUUCUUUUUCUGGCAAAUUCCCUUGUGGUUAAGGAAAAAACCCACCUCAGUUUUUUGGGUUUUCGUGAUUUGGUUGAGAUUUGAUUCCCUGAAAUACUUUGAUUAUGUCAAAAAGCUUCCUUUUUGGUAUGAAAUUACUAACGAAUUUGCAUGUUUUGGAAUACCCAUGUGGUAAAAUCACAGACCAAUCUAUCAUAUUUUCCUAUGGCAGUGAUCAUGGGGAGUUUAAGAUUCCCAAAGGGCUUAUUUUCUGUUAAAGAAACCCUUGUCAAUUUGUAAACCACAGGUCCUAAUUCUGAUUGUUGUUGUGUUUAAAUUCCCUAAUUCAAAAAACCCAUUAUCGCAUUACAUUGAAAAGUGUGGUGAAGAUGCAAUCAAAGCUAGUGGCAUUAGAGGAAGGAAAGGACCCUGCUACCAUUAUUAGAACAAACCAAACUAAGGUUUUUCCACUUAGAAUCCUGCAAUUUCUCUUGGCCUUUUUGGGUGUGGGGAUUCUAUUUUCGAUUCUAAGUAUGUUCACAGUGCGGCAUUUCGGAUUCCAGAACGUUGUUCCAGUGAUACAGUCCACAUUCCAGCCCUAUUAUGGGGAGCCAAGAAGUUUAGAAAGUUGGAUUAGGCCUCCAUCAACCCUUAUGCAUGAAAUGAGCGACACUGAGCUGUUUUGGCGUGCUUCGUUUGUGCCUCGGAUUAAGAAAUACCCUUUUGAGAGAACUCCUAAAAUUGCUUUCAUGUUCUUGACAAGAAUAUCACUACCUAUGGCACCACUGUGGGAAAGGUUCUUUAAGGGGCACAAAGGUCUUUAUUCAAUCUACAUUCAUUCACUGCCGAAUAAUCAAACGAAUCUCUUGCCUUCGUCGGUUUUCUAUCGGAGGCAAAUCCCAAGUCAGGUUGCUGAAUGGGGAAUGAUGAGCAUGUGCGAUGCUGAGAGAAGACUCCUUGCAAAUGCAUUACUAGAUAUCUCCAACGAAUGGUUUGUCCUCCUAUCCGAGGCCUGCAUUCCCCUCCACAACUUCACCAUUGUUUAUCACUACAUAUCAGAAUCUCAGUAUAGCUUUAUUGGUUCAUUUGAUGAAGUUGGACCAUAUGGAAGAGGACGCUAUAACGAAGGCAUGGCACCUGAGGUCAACAUUACUGAAUGGCGUAAAGGCUCCCAGUGGUUUGAGAUUAACCGUAAACUAGCAAUUGACAUUGUUGAAGAUAAAAAGUUUUACCUGAAGUUCGAACAGUUUUGCAGACCAGUUUGUUAUGUGGAUGAACACUAUUUCCCGACCAUGCUUAGCAUCCAAUCUCCUGGUUUGCUAGCAAAUAGGAGUCUCACUUGGGUGGACUGGUCAAGGGGCGGUGCUCAUCCGGCUACAUUUGGGAAGGCUGAUAUUAAAGAGCAGUUUUUCAAGAAAAUUUUCCAAGGCAAAACGUGCAUUUACAAUAACCAGCCGUCUUCAGUUUGUUUUCUUUUUGCAAGAAAGUUUGCUCCUAACGCAUUGGGGCCGUUGUUAGAAAUUGCUCCUAAUGUUCUUGGCUUUUGAGAGAAGGAGGGCCAAAGGAAGCAUGGUUUAGGAACUCAAUUUAUAGGCAAAACCUUCUCCUGUCCACAAACCAUGCCAGAGCUCUAAAUCCACGCCUGGGAUUUUCCAAAUCUUGACUUCAAUUACCCACAUGGGAGAAUCAAUUGCAUUCAAUGCAACCCACGUGCAUGCCAAAUCUUCUGAGUAAAUGCAAGUCUGCAUGUGUACAAGAUGGAGCCAAAACAUGGCCUCAAAAGUCAACAAAUAAUGCCAUUGGAAGUUUACAAGUGUGAUGCGCCACCGUGGUUUCCGUUGUUGCUGUGUUCCCUUUUUAAACAUACUGUACUUGGUUGAUUGUCCUUUCUGCCACUGUGGUAGUUGUAGCCUUAUUGUUUGACAAAGUAAAUGAAAUUUCAAAAGCCUUAUGAAGGAGAAGAGGCCAGCCCAACCAUUGCUUCCUUUGUUGUGUGA